AGCGAAAGGGUCGGCCCAACCGGCCUCCCUCGGGACAGCGAUCCCCGCCCUCCUGCCCGGUUCUGAUGCAGCCUGAGCUACGCCGAUGGGAAAUGCCUCUCCGAUAGGUUUAAUCCAUUUUACUCGCUGUCUUGCAGUCGAGACUGGGUUCGGAGAGAUGAAAUAAAUUGAUAGUUUCAUCAGUUUAUCAUGGUCACCGAGGCCUUUACAGCAGUCACAGUGUUCACAUGUAUGAAGUAAAAUACAUCACCUGAGAUAAAAUACAGACGCUUCAUUUUGAAGACAUAGUUAACGAGCUCAAAUCUGAGAAAAUGGUCUGCAUUCCUUGCAUCGUCAUUCCAGUUCUGCUGUGGGUCUACAAAAAAUUCCUGGAGCCAUACAUCUACCCUCUGAUUUCCCCGUUUGUUACUUGGAUGUGGCCUGGGAAAGCUCUACAAGAAUCCAAUGAUAAAAACACAGGCAAAGGAGACUAUAAGGGUGCAGACAUAAAUGGAUUACCAACAAAAGGACCAAUAGAAAUCUCAGAUAAAAAGAAAGACUAAAGGGAUUUUCCCAAAGGAUCUCACUGUUUCAAAAAUGGACUUGAUGAUUUGAAGCACCUUCUUUGUAAUUGUCUCUGACCUUUUUCUCCGAGACCAGAAUUUGGGAUAAAUUAGGUAUUUACCUGAUAACAAUCAGGAAAUACAUGGUAUUUAUAGUUAGGAUGUAUUUAGUUAUAUUUAAUGACCUCAUUCCUCAGUUCCUUUUUCAUUAAUUAGCCUUUAUUUCCUUAUUGCAGUUUUAAUAAUACGAAUAAAUAGAAGGUUGUACCACUAGAGACAGUAUUGCUAAAUCAGUACUUAAAAAUCCUGGGCCUUUAGCUUUCAUUCACACGAUUCUGACUGCUGUUCGCCCUAAUUUCUUUGGACUCGUGUAAUUUUAGUAGAGUGCAGUUUUACUGUGAAGCAGAGCAGUGAGUAUUGGCAGGAUAAUGAUGUGAAACAAAGCUAUUACUAUCCAACACGAUGGAGCAACUUAUCUGUGAGAGUAGUAAUAUUAUUUAUUGUUCUGAAGAAGAUAGAAAUGGCAGGAAAAUAGGGAUACUUCUUUUUAAAAAUGGAACAUCUUUUUCAUAAAUGUCUAAUGUAUUAUACGAUUCUAAUCCUAUUGCAUUCUUUGUAUUCCUACAAAUAAAUACUCAGUUUAGCUCAUGGGGUUUUUUGUUUGUUUUUAA